UUUACCACAGGGCGGAGCUACAACCGUGUUUUACAAACCAAGCUUGACGUCUGCAGACAACAAGCGCCAUCUGUUUACCAUCUCGUCCCUUCCUGAAUCAAAACGUCGAACGAUAGUGAAAUAUGGUGACGAAGCGAAUUAGGUCCGAAUACAUGAAGAAAUUUAAAGAUCCGAAAUGGGACACUUACUCAAAAUGUUAUGAGGAUUUGCUGAAGUACAGACUGUCAAGACGGCUGUUGGAGCAAGCGCACAACCCCUGGUUUUGGGGAGAGUGGGGGAGCGACACAGCCUCCAGUGGUAAAUCUACUCCUCUAAGCCGGAAUAAAGUUGAACCUGAGAGGCUUCAUGAUGAAAAACCAGAACGAUCUGCAUGUGUGACACCAGAACCACCAGCUGAACCAGAACCACAGGCAGAAGUACAGGACAGACACGCUGCAGACACCAGGCUAGUUACUGGAGUUGCUGAGCAGAUUCAUCAAGAUGGGGAGGAAGAGAGAGCCAGAGAAAGCUCUCCUGCUCUUGACCCAGAAACUGACACGCAGAUCCUGAACACCCCAAAGAGUAAACGCCGCUCCUCAUACAAGUAUUCAAGAUCGAAGGUCAAACCUCAUGCCACCAAAGACCCUGAAAAAGAGAACCGUCACCCUUUUGCCCUGUAUGGUGCAGGAGAGAGGCAGACAGAUAUGGCUUCCAAGAAAACCCAUAAUGUUGGUCCUGCAGCAUCAACCGCAGAGAUCCAUGAGUCAGCAUUGCGAGCAAAAACCAGACGGGAGGUGGAAAAACAGAUGAAGAGAUUUGACAAACAAAGAGCCAGAUCUGCUGACUUUGAAAAGAACAGGAAUAAGGUUGUCCCCGAAUUCAACCCCUGGAUGACGGAGUACAUGCGCUGCUUUUCAGCUCGUUCUCGGUAGUAUUGUUUUCUGAAAUCCUUUGAAAAAGUCAGUGACUGUUUAAACCUCUCAGGCUAAACAAUCCAAAACACUUCACGAGAUGACUGCCGCAUCUCUCCCGUCUUCCAGAAUGGGCCACAAUGAUUUAAACUCAGAUUAAAACUCAAGGUUUUUUAGGGGUUUAUUUACACCAUGUAUAUGUUGCAUUUACUGGUACAUAUCAAACAUGAAAACACAAUCCAUUAAUGCUGCAGAGCAAAUUGUCAAACAAUCACAUGCCUUGUUGCAUGAUUUUUGUAGGGUUGGGUAGAUUUACAGGCCAUGAGAUUUACCAGUGUCUCUUUACACUCUUAGCCAAUGACUUACAAGUGUUCAGCAAUUGUCAGACAAUUAUAGACAUAUAAUGUGAUAUAUUGUAAUGUUGUUAUCUACACGGUGUUAAUAGUUAGGUUUAAUGUAAAGAAAGUAGUUUACUUUUGUAGUUUAAUGCGAUCAUUUGCGCCAACAUGAAUCUUAAUUAAAUAGUCUCACAUUGACAGUCGAUCCAUUUUAUUAAUAUCUGCCGUAUUUGAUAUGAGAUGUAUUAUAUUGUACUUGUACAUUUACAUUUAUGGUGCAUUCCAUGUGGUAUUGUGUCAGAACAGUAAUAACAUUAUAUUAUGUAAAAAGUCACUGGUAUCUGAAGCAUGAAACGUUUGAAUGAGAUCAUACACAGCAAGCAAUUCCAGCUGUUCAUCAUCAAGCAUAACAAUCAUUCAAUGUGAUGUUAUUUGGUUUGUAGUAGCACUCAGGUAUUUCUUGUUGCAUUUAAUGUAAUUUAUUAUUGAGAAAUAAUAGUAUUGAGAUAUUUGUACACUUUAUAUAAGGUUAUUGAACUAAUUUUGACUAUAAAUAUUUUUAGUUCAGCAUCUCUGAACAAAUGUACAGAUAUUUUUUUCCACAUCAUAUCUUGAUAGUGAUUUAUGUCAUGUACUGUGUGAAUAGUGUUGGUUUUAGUGAAAGAAUAAUGAAGCCAUAAUGUUUAUGAGCUACAUUAAUAUGAUUAAUAUUCAUUCCACUGUCUGUUAUGGAAGCAGUUUUGAAGGGUAUUAAAGUUUAAGCGUUUAGAUUA